CCCCCCCCCCCCAAACCCAAAAGCUUUUCUCUGCCCACCCCACAGGGGUGUGUGCACCCACCCCGAGGAGACCUGGAAGAGCGCGGGGACCUGGAGGUGCUGGAAGCCUUGGAAGAGGAGGAAGAGGAGAUGGGGAGCGGGGCGAGCGCCGAGGACAAGGAGAUGGCCAAGAGAUCCAAGGAGCUGGAGAAGAAGCUGCAGGAGGAUGCGGAUAAAGAGGCAAAGACAGUGAAACUGCUGCUGCUCGGGGCUGGAGAGUCGGGGAAGAGCACCAUCGUGAAGCAGAUGAAGAUCAUCCACCAGGAUGGAUACACACCCGAGGAGUGCAUGGAGUUCAAAGCUGUCAUCUAUGGGAACAUCCUGCAGUCCAUCCUGGCCAUCAUCCGCGCCAUGUCCACGCUGGGCAUCGACUACGCCGAGUCCAGCCGGGCGGAUGAUGGGCGGCAGCUCUUCAACCUGGCGGACUCCAUCGAGGAGGGCACGAUGCCUCCGGAGCUGGUGGACUGCAUCAAGAAGCUGUGGAAGGACGGCGGCGUGCAGGCCUGCUUCGAUAGGGCUGCGGAGUAUCAGCUCAAUGAUUCAGCUGCAUAUUACCUGAACCAGCUGGACCGUAUCACAGCCCCCGGGUACCUGCCCAACGAGCAGGACGUGCUGCGCUCCAGAGUGAAAACCACCGGCAUCAUCGAAACCCAGUUCUCUGUUAAGGACCUCAACUUCAGGAUGUUUGAUGUCGGGGGGCAGAGAUCAGAGCGCAAGAAGUGGAUCCACUGCUUUGAGGGGGUGACGUGCAUCAUCUUCUGCGGGGCACUCAGUGCCUACGACAUGGUGCUGGUGGAGGACGACGAGGUGAACCGCAUGCACGAAUCCCUGCACCUCUUCAACAGUAUAUGCAACCACAAGUUCUUCGCCGCCACGUCCAUCAUCCUCUUCCUCAACAAGAAGGAUCUCUUCGAGGAGAAGAUCAAGAAGGCGCACCUCAGCAUCUGCUUCCCUGAAUAUGAUGGUCCCAACACGUUUGAAGACGCGGGGAAUUACAUCAAGACCCAGUUCCUGGAUCUGAACAUGAGGAAGGACGUGAAGGAGAUCUACUGUCACAUGACCUGCGCCACAGACACCCAGAACGUCAAGUUCGUCUUUGACGCCGUCACAGAUAUCAUCAUCAAGGAGAACCUCAAGGACUGUGGGCUUUUCUGAGCAGAAGAGCCGACUGCAGCCCCACAUCCCAGUUCUGCUGCGCAGAGCCAAGAGGACGACACACAGAGCUCCCCAACCCCCCACUUUUUUCUAUGAGCUGCCCCCCCCCACAUCUGAGCCCACACUAGGAGGGGCCCCAGCCGCCCUGCCUGCCCCACAGCACAGCUUCCUCUCGGGCAGCACCCACACAUUGCACAGAGCAGGGGAAGAGGAAACGGGCACCGAGGGCGGCUGGCAGUUCUGCUACUUAGAGCUGGAUGUGCUCUUUACCGGUUGUAAAUAAACCCGUGGUGCCGUAGACAAGCCCUGUACGCUCUCAUCUUCACUGCAGCCACCAAAGCAGCUUCACUUAGGGAGAAGAAACGACCGAACCAAACCAAACAAUAAAGAGAUGUGCAUGAA